AUGAAAAUCUUGACUGCAAAAAUAUAGCCAUUAAAUGAUCUAGAAAAUCCAAUUAUUCCUAAGUAGAAAUUAUUCUGGAAGUCAUCUUUAGCUGCCGCCUUGUUGUGGGGUAGUGGCAAUUUCGCUUUAAGCUUGAUUAAGAACAAGGACUUUGCUGUGAGUUGCCUAGUCUGGACAGGUUUCGUCAUAACGAGUCUUAUAUUUCAGUUGUGCUAAUUUGCAAUUGCGAAGAAAAAUAAAGUUUAGAUAUCAUUAUUUGGCAAAUUUUUUGAAUAACUCUAUCACAGACAAAAACUAUGCCAUACCAUAUUGAGAUCGAUAAACUAUUUUCUUGUGAUUUGGCUGACAAUACUUAUUGCAGAAAUAUGCGAAACUUCUCACGUUAAUUUUGGACUAAUCAUUUGCGUUUUCUCAUCAAGUAUUGUUUUCUAGGUGAUUAUAUUUCGAUUGAAAUUUCAAGAAAAACUCUCCAAACUUAAAAUUGCAGGAAUCCUCAUAAUUAUUACUGGGGUAAUUUUUAUCACUCUUUCAAGUUAAGGUAAUUAAACAUACGAAGAUUUCUCAGAAAAUUUCAAGAGCAGUGGAGAUAAAAAGAUCAUUAUACUUGCUAUUGGAAUUGCUCUGAUAAUAGCUGCUUUAAACUGUAUAAGAGUAGUCCAAGCAAAAUAUAUUGAUUAAUACUUGGAUUACCCACCAAUUUAAUUUUCUCUAGAUGGAGCCUUGAUUUGUGGAGGGUUUUAAGCAAUUAUAUCUAUUUAUUACGUUAUUGAAGGACAUCCUAAUUAUUCAGGCUUCAAUUAUUUGAUAUGCUUUAUUGCAGGUGCACUUUUGUAGGGUUAGAGUUUAUUAUCCUUGCAUGCUGCAGUCAAAGGACUAGCGGCUCCUUGCUCGGCUAUUGUAAAUACUCAUUCAAUUGUUUCAACAAUUUUGAUUGCACUGUUUACUGGCAUUAUCCCAUCAAUUUAUUAGAUUAUUGGAUUUGUUAUCACAUUACUGGGAGUUUUAUCAGCAAUAUUAGGUUGA